UUGCUAUUCUUACUUAAAAUAAAAUAAAAUUAAAUUAAUGCUAUUGCUAAACCAAAACAAUAAAGAAGUAAUGUUUUAUCUUAAUUAAUUGUAGUAUUAUAACCUAAUGUUCUUGUUUUUAAUUCUGUUUGCAUCGACGUUUCCUAAACAUGCCCAUAAACUAUGACGAGUUGUUGGCUGCUGUGGCCACAGUUUGCCAAGAGCGAGGGAUCACAGUCACUGUGAAGGAGUCACUCAAAGGCGGGGCCAUUGCUGGCGGAGGUGCAGGUUUAGGAGGUGUUUUAAUGGGGCCAGUGGGAUUGGCCAUUGGUGGGAUUUUUGGAAGCUUGACAGCUUUUUUUCUAGCGCAAGGUAAAUUCAGAUCUAUUGCUCAAGUUAUUCAAGAAGACAUGACUCCUCAACAGAGAGAAGAGAUGGCAGGGCGAGUGGUCCGAGCCCUGGAAGGUUUCGACCUUACGGAUCUAACCAUCUUCCUUCCCUUAUUCAUGGGCAAUCAAAAUGCUCAAAUGGCGGCCAUCACAGCUGUUGUAAGAUAUUUGGAGAGAGAAAUGAGAAUGCAAAUAACUAAUUGUUAACCAAUCACAUAUCCUUUUGAUCAUUAGAGCUUAUUUUUUUAUUUUGUUAUUUUAUUAACUUAUUUCAGUAGGAUAUUUUGAAUACCCCGGUGAUAAAAUUGAUGGUCAAAAAUGUUUUUUAGUUAUCAUCAAGAAUAAUGUUUAUGUUUGAGUUAUGAGGGUCCUAUCUGUAAAACAUUAUUUGUUAAUCAAAUCGAAUUAAAAGUUUCAAACUAGUUGGUUAGUUAUGAUACAAAUUGGGAAUUAUUUUGAUUUUUAAAAGCAAUAAAUGCUGUACAAUUAAUGUUAUUUUAAGUUUUGUUUUUCCUUUGUAUUGUCAGCCACAUGUACCUAGUAUUAAAAAUGGGACAAUUGAAGUUAAAAAUAUUAAAUAGGCCUAGCUAUGCAAAAUCUUUAUCUACCUGAAUUCUAAACAAUAAACUAUGGUUCUAUUUAAUCUUAGUAAGAAUAAUUUCAACCACUCGCACAAUAAAAUGACAGUAGAACCCCUCACAUCCGUCCUCAAAAUAUCCGACUCCUCGGGAUAUCUUACCUAGUGUCCAACCGUCUACUUGUUGGAGGUCUAGGGUGAUAAUGUCGAGCAGAUGAUAUCCACUGUCGUCGAUAACGAGUGUUGCUGCCGUCACGGGAGACGAUUACUAAAGUCGUGGAGACUGCAGGUUAUGCUCCCCCCGAUAUCCGACCUUUUGGCCAUUCCAAGCAUGGCCCGGUCACAUAAUGGUUGGAUAUGAGGGGUUCUACUACUGUACUUUGAAGAUAAAUAAAAGUUAUACACAAGUCUUAAAAGUGCAAACACUUGAUUUUGAGUGUCAUUGUCCAUUAUUUCAUGUUUCAACCUAGUGGUUUCACUUUUUUCUAGAUUGAUAACUGACAAUUAACUGUGCACGGAGUUGUAAGGGGUUACCAGUUCCAAUAGUUAAAAAAAUUAAAUAUUUAUGCUUUAGAAUAUGGGUAGCUUUUAUAGCCACUCAAAAAGAUAUACGUGCCUUAUGACAACUAACAAUAGCUGUGGACUAUUAUGUUGUGAAUUAUUUUGGGUGCUACUAACUAUUUUUAAAUGUAGUUUUAAUUUAAGUAGUAUGAUGCCAUCUGUGUGUGGCAAACUAGGUUUUCUUGAUUUUGUUGUACUCACUGGACUGUUUUUAAAAGACUAUUUAUGCACCUUAGGUAUAUUUCAUAGUUUACUCUAACCAUCAUUUUUAUAUUUGUGAUUUUUAUUUUUAAAGCACUUUGCAAUGUUGAAAUUGAUGUUCUUUUUGGAAUAUUGUGAGGACUUGGGUGAUAUGUUGUUGGAAAAAAUGUGUGCUUAGUCUUUCUCUGUAAUAAUACAUUUAUAAAAGAACUCUUGGCCAUCUGUGAUUGAUCUAUUCAUUGUAUCUCCGUUUCUCUUGCCACCUUAUACACCUUUUUAUCAGUAACAUAACUCUUUUUCUUAAUUAUUUAAUUUUACUGUAAAUAAAAAAAAAUCUACUUUGAUUCUAAUUCUAAAAUGUAUGUAGCCUUCAGUGUACAUUUCACUAAGUACAUGUAAUUUGCACAUUGGGUUGUAUAUUUGGGUCAGUCACUUACAGAAUUGUUAGCAGUUUACGUUUUGUAGAAAUCGUAACUGAAUUACUCCUUUGGUAGCUAUUCCAUAGUAAACAUUGCAAACCAUAGGUAUAGGUAAUAAUGGAUGGAUUUUUAGCAUGUUGCAUACUUAUCACGAAUUUCUCUCUUUUUCACGAAUUUCUCUCUUUUUAUGUAUAUUUUGUGCCAAUAUUAUAGUUUCCCUACCAUGUAGUUAUUAUGUUAUAUUUGUUGAUCUUUUAUACCCAAGAUGAGGGUUUUAUUUUAUUGAUGUUAAAACUCAUACAAAUGUUUUAAUUUACCGUUUACUACGUCCAUGACUGAAAGGGUUAAAGGAAAGAAGAAAUGUAAAGUUUAGUUAGUUUUUCAGAGAUUUUUUUUACUGCACUCAUAUUUUAUGGGCAAUAUUUAAAAUAAAGAAUAUUAUUUAUAUUUAUACAUUUAA